AUGCCUCCUUCGCAUCGUCGUGGUCCUUGGGUUCCCGAGGAAGAUCAACUCCUCGUCCAACUGGUCCGCGAACAAGGUCCGAACAACUGGGUUCGCAUCUCGCAGCACAUGCACUAUCGCUCGCCCAAGCAAUGUCGUGAGCGCUUCCACCAAAACUUGAAGCCCUCGCUUAACCGCGAGCCUAUCUCUGCCGAUGAGGGGUUGAUGAUCGAGCGCAUGGUCAAUGAAAUGGGAAAGCGCUGGGCGGAGAUCGCCCGCCGCCUGGGAAACCGCAGCGACAACGCAGUCAAGAACUGGUGGAAUGGCAGCAUGAACCGCAAGAAGCGUGGCUUGUCCACCCCCACUACUUCCCGCACUUGUAGCGGCCGUAUCGAGGCUCCUUACACCCGCGCCUCAAUGAUGAGCCCUUCUCGUUCGCGCUUCUCCGUCUCGUCUUCUCGCCCUUCGUGGACCGACUCCAUCGAGUCGGCCAUUUCCGAGCAAUACUCCCACUCCCGCAGAGAGUCGUUGGCUUCUGCACCCCGCCAACUGUCUCCCAUCUACACCUUGCCUUCUAUCAACCGACCGAUCGAAACUCCCUUGACUUCGCCCGCGUUCUCCGAUGUCUCCAACGCUACCUCUUGCGAGCCUCCUUCUAUGGUCUCAGAUCAGAACUCCAUCUGCUCUUCUUCGCCCCGCACGCUUCCCUCUCCUCAGCUUCUGCCUCUGCCAGUCGACUUGCGCCCGCAGUACGAAAUCCGCCGCCCAAGCGUGCACAUCGUGGAAGACUCGCCCAGCCACCCUGCCCGAUCUCUCGAGUCGCUCUCAGAUAUGGCCGCAAAGCGCUGGAUGGCCCACCAGCCCACUCUGGCCUCCUGGCAUCAACCUACAGACACCUCCAAGUCCUGGAUGUCUGCCCCAGCUGAGCCUGCUCGUGAUACCCGCAUGGGUGUCAGCAGCUUGCUCAACUAA